AUGGAUGAAGAUUUCGAUAUCCCGGCGGUUGACCAGAUGAACGACGACGAUUUCGACUUCGCCGGCGCCGGCAAUAAUCCUAUUCUCAUGGUCGGCGAAGAGAAGGAAAUCGGUAAGCAGGGGAUGAAGAAGAAGCUUCUCAAAGAAGGUGAAGGAUGGGACACUCCCGAAGUUGGCGAUGAAGUUCACGUUCAUUAUACUGGGACGUUGCUUGAUGGUACUAAGUUUGAUUCUAGUAGAGAUAGAGGAACUCCUUUCAACUUCACUCUUGGACAAGGGCAAGUCAUCAAAGGAUGGUAUGAUGGUAUUAUAACCAUGAAGAAAGGUGAAAAUGCCCUUUUCACCAUCCCAGCUGAGUUGGCUUAUGGGGAGUCUGGUUCUCCUCCAACUAUUCCUCCCAAUGCUACUCUACAGUUUGAUGUUGAGCUGCUGUCUUGGACUAGUGUGAAAGAUAUAUGUAAAGAUGGAGGAUUGUUUAAGAAGGUUCUUAAGGAGGGGGAGAAAUGGGAAAACCCUAAGGAUCUUGAUGAUGUCUUUGUUAAGUAUGAAGCACAUCUUGAGGAUGGAACACUUGUAGGAAAAUCUGAUGGAGUGGAGUUCACUGUGAAGGAGGGUCAUUUUUGUCCUGCGUUGUCAAAGGCUGUUAAGACCAUGAAGAAGGGAGAGGAAGUGAUUUUGACUGUGAAGCCACAGUAUGGAUUUGGUGAGAAGGGCAAGCCAGCUCAGGGUGGUGAGGUUGCAGUUCCACCUAAUGCAACAUUGCAAAUUACACUUGAGCUAGUUUCUUGGAAGACUGUUUCUGAAGUAACCGAUGACAAGAAGGUCAUCAAAAAGAUCGUCAAGGAAGGAGAAGGAUAUGAACGUCCAAAUGAGGGAGCUGUUGUGAAAUUGAAACUAAUUGGUAAGCUGCAAGAUGGCACUGUAUUUGUUAAGAAGGGUCAUGGUGAUGAUGAAGCCGAGUUGUUUGAAUUCAAAACAGAUGAUGAGCAAGUGAUUGAUGGGCUUGAUAGAGCUGUAAUAACCAUGAAGAAGGGUGAGGUAGCAUUGUUGACCAUUGCACCUGAGUAUGCUUUUGGUUCAACUGAGACUAAGCAGGAAUUGGCAGUGGUUCCUCCUAAUUCAACCUUGCAUUAUGAGGUUGAGCUAGUAUCAUUCGUAAAGGAUAAGGAGUCCUGGGACAUGAACACUGAAGAGAAGAUACAAGCUGCUGGUAAGAAGAAAGAAGAAGGGAAUGCUUUGUUCAAAGCUGGUAAAUAUGCAAGAGCUUCUAAAAGAUAUGAGAAGGCUGUAAAGUACAUAGAGUACGAUACUGCUUUUGGCGAAGAGGAGAAGAAAAGUGCCAAGGCCUUGAAGGUUGCUUGUAAUUUGAACGAUGCAGCAUGCAAGUUGAAGUUGAAAGAUUAUAAACAAGCAGAGAAAUUGUGUACAAAGGUGCUGGAGCUUGAGAGCACAAAUGUGAAAGCUCUUUAUAGAAGGGCUCAGGCAUAUAUUCAGUUGACUGACUUGGAUCUGGCUGAACUUGAUAUCAAGAAAGCUCUUGAGAUUGACCCUAACAACAGGGAUGUGAAGCUGGAGUACAAGACUUUGAAGGAAAAGGUGAAGGAGAUCAACAAGAAAGAUGCAAAAUUUUAUGGGAAUAUGUUCAGCAAAAUGAAAAAAUUGGAUUCUCUUGACAGUAAUAAUUCGGCACCAAAGGAUGCUGAACCUAUGAGUGUUGACAGCAAGGCAUAA